AUGUCCGAGCACGUCGAGUUCAAGGGCUACGCCCUCACCGACCCGAAGCACUGGAGCGACCUCAAGGUGACCUCCUUCCAGCCGAAGACGUUCGCCGCCGACGACGUCGAGAUCGCCAUCACGCACUGCGGCGUGUGCGGCUCGGACGUGCACACGCUCACGCAGGGCUGGGGCGAGUCCCACCUCCCGCUCGUCGUCGGGCACGAGAUCGUCGGGAAGGCCGUCCGCGUCGGCGACAAGGUCGCGGGGAUCAAGGUCGGCGACCGUGUCGGCGUCGGCGCCAAGAUUGGCAGCUGCAUGGAGUGCAGAGCUUGCAAAGAAGGAUACGAAACUACUGCCCGAACGGGAUCUCGACUUACACGUAACUCGGAGUACCCGGACGGCGUCGUCUCGCAGGGCGGGUACGCGACGGCGAUCAGGGCGCACCAGCAGUUCGUCUUCCCCAUCCCGGACGAGAUCGAGUCGCGCCACGCGGCGUCCAUGCUGUGUGCGGGUUUGACGGUGUUCUCGCCUCUGAAGACGCACGGAGCAGGCCCGGGCAAGAGGGUCGGCGUCGUCGGCAUCGGCGGGCUGGGCCACUACGCGCUGCUCUGGGCGAAGGCUAUGGGCGCGGAAGUGUACGCGUUCACGCACGAUGAGAGCAAGAUCGCCGACAUUGAGAAGAUGGGUGCGGAUGUCAUCGUCAACACGGGCGAGAAGGACUACCACAAGCCGUUCGCGCACAAACUGGACCUCAUCAUCUCGACCCGCGACUCAUACGGCUCUGACGCGCAAGGGGUACUCGACGAGUACCUGUCGAUGCUCUAUGUGCACGGGAAGUUUAUCACCGUUGGACUGCCAGACAGCGACAGUCCUCUCCCGCGGAUACACGCAAUGUCGCUCGCAAAGCUGGGGUGUCUGAUGGGAGGCAGUUCGAUUGGGAACAAGAAAGAGGCUCUCGAGAUGCUGGAGCUGGCGAGGAGCAAGGGGAUCAAACCGUGGAUCGAGGAGAUGCCGAUGAAGGACUGCAAGAAGGCGGUGGAGGGGGUGAAGGCGAACCGAGUGCGGUACCGGUAUGUGUUGACGCAGGACAUCGACAACUGAGGCGGGUGGAGUACGCGUCGCACGGUCGCCAGGUCGGCUUACGUCGUUACAUGUAUAGCCAGUGAGUUUCGUAUGCAUGUGGAUUUGUUCUACUGGGCACGACGUCGUGCGUCACGGUGUGCUCGGACACUCAGAUGGCGGUGGCAACUUG